UUUGCAUCAUCCUCAAAGGGGGGCACGAGAACAUGACAGAAAGUGACCGCUUAGAGCAAGUCUAUACGGAUGAAAGAUAUGUGAAAAAUGGCUGUUUUUUUUCAAAUGUUUGAUUGUAAGUAGUAGCUGUGGAGCGAAGUGUCGAAGUCGAACGAAUAUGAUGGAUUUGGAGCGAGCCACCGGCAAUACGAGAAAAUCAGAGAGCGUUAUUGUUGCUCGCAAUGCUAGGUAAUGUCUUUCUUGUUAAUGUUAUUUUUGGAUGAAUGUCGUUUUUUUCCAUCCUCAAUAAAUGAGAUCGUCUUCGUACUGCUAGUAUUUUGGGGAAAUGAAUAUGCUUGAACUAUGAUGAUAGAGAGGGUAAUAUUGAAAAUAUCAAAUAUUGAUUUCUAACUCUCAGCAAUCUCUAGAAUUUAUCUCUGCAUAAUCUUGUACUUGUUUACAAUCUCUUUAUCGUGAGAGUUUGUGUUUGUGUAUGAUGUCGACGACUAUGGAGUUUUCUUCGUGGAAGAAGAUAAUGACAUUAGAUAGUGAACGAUCCAGACCAAUUCAUCAUCGAUGUUAGUUUUAGAAAGUUAGGCUAAUGCCACUCGUAUUGCCAAUCGCACAAGCACAACGGUGAUGUAAGUAGUGCGAAGGAAUGCUCAUAAUUGGCUUGAUACAAUGCCAUACCCAUAGAGAAAAGAGGUCCGAUGCCCUCACUGAGAUCUAAGCUCUUCUUCUACGGUGCUCAAAUAUCAAACGGCCUCAAUUCUGGGACAAAGACGUGGGGACGAGGUAGUACGACUUGACAUGACUGAAGUGACACGAUAAAGAACCUCUAGGCUACAGGUCACUGCGGUGCUCAGCAGAUUAUGAAGAGGUGACAAGCAAAUGCUUUCCGCAUCCGGACGGUCCUCUUUUUUGUACGCACAGUUUUUGUUGGGUUCGGGGGGAUUCGAUGUAAAGG